GUCCUGGUUGGUCUGUGUGUAGCUGGAGCCCUCGUGGAGACUGAUGGACAUCUUCGUGGUGAAUGAGGUGCAGAGUAUGCUGACGCAUGACGCGUUUCUCUUCACGCAUCCGGUCACGCUCAACAAGGUGCGCUCUGUUGUCGACAUCGAGAAGGUCUUCGACAGCGUGUCUUACUUGAAAGGAGGAGCACUCGUAAGAAUGCUGUACCACAUUAUGACACCUGACCUAUUCCAGAAAGCUAUCAGGGACUAUCUUCAACAAAAUAGCCUGAAAUCAGUAACAGAAGAUGACCUGUGGGACAGUUUGGGUUCGGUUCAAAAUGAGCUGGAGCUAGAUCUUCCGACUGACAUAGCUGAGAUCAUGUACUUCUGGACUCACGAGGCUGGCUUCCCCCUGCUCAUGGUAGAACGUGAUGAGGAUGGAUCUAUCAAUCUGACUCAG